GUCGCAAAACUGCGUGCAAAUGUUUUGGUUCAGCAUAAAGCAUAUCUAACUACUCUACCGAUAUCGAUAGCCAGGCCAAGUUGGAAUCUACAUUAAUCAUACACCACCAGAAGGACCUUUGCCAGCUAUUUUUUGCAGACAAUCGAUCUCUACACUUUGAGACAAAUCUAAAAGACAACAUGCCGUCCGCUCAACCUGCCACACCUCCCUCCACUCCUCCUGGUCUGGAACCUUCUCUGCCUCUCCCAUCACCCUGUCUAUCAUAUUGGCACAAAACCACUCGCGGCUUCCCUUACCUCAACGCCAACCGUACCACCCCAGUCCCAGAGACCGCCGAAUAUAUCAUCAUCGGCUCCGGCAUCUCAGGUGCUUUAACAGCCUUCUCUCUGAUCGACUCUGGCGUCUCAGGCGGUAAAAUCCUUAUCCUGGAAGCCAGAGAAGCAGUUUCCGGAGCCAGUGGCAGGAAUGCAGGACAUGUACGCCCCUAUGCAUUUAGAGGUUAUGCCGCCUACGCUGCCGUUCAUGGACCCGAGCAAGCGAAGAAAAUCAUCGUCGAGGAGAGAAAAGUGCUGCAUGCUGUUGAUGAGUUUGUGCGUCGACACAACGUUUCCUGCGACUUUGACUUGACCACUACUUUUGAUGUUUGCUUAACACCCGAGUUUGCUGCGUAUGAGGCGCAGAGUUUUGAGGCUUUUAAAGCUGCUGGUGGAGAUGUUUCGCAUGUGCAGUUCUAUGAGGGUGAGGAGGCGAAGCGUAGGACUAGGGUCCCGGAGGCUGUUGCGGCGUAUGAGUGGCCCGCUGGGUCUAGUCAUCCUGCUAAGUUAGCACAAUGGCUGUUGAGCAGUGUUAUCGAAAAGGGCGCGCAGCUAUGGACACAUUGUCCUGCUAUCGCUGUGAACGAGUCGAAGCAUCCGGGAUAUCGAUGGGACGUACGCACACCUCGAGGUGUUGUCUCAGCUCAGACGAUCGUGCACAGUACGAAUGCAUAUGCUGCAGCUUUAUUGCCUCACCUCAAUGGCUACAUCACGCCGAAUCGAGCGCAGGCACACUCACUGGUACCCACGUCCGCUUUCAGCGCUGAGAAUGUGCUGAGCAGCACAAUGUCGCUGAGAUACAGUCUCCAUCACUUUUACUCGGUCAUCCAGAGAAAGGGCGACGGCACAAUCGUGCUCGGCGUUUCCAGGUCCAAUCCAGAGCUCAGCGCAGAAACACUGGCAGUGCGGGAGAGUUUCGACGAUGGCGCAUUCAAUCAGGAGAUCGUGGACGAUGCGAUGAAGCGUUUUGGGAUAAUGUUCCCAGGGUACGGUGAGGAGAGUGAGCGCCAUGGAGAAGGCCUGGAUCAUGCGUGGACGGGUAUAAUUGCCAUGACCCCUGAUUCGGUGCCAUAUGUCGGCGCGAUCGAAGAGUUGCCGGGACAGUACAUCUGUGCUGGGUUCAACGGCCAUGGAAUGGCGAGAAUCUUCACAUGCGCGCCCGGCCUGGCCAAGUUGAUGCUGGGUGGAUCGUGGGAAGACACCGGUUUGCCAGAGUGCUUCCAAUACGGCAAGGAGAGACUUGUAAAGGCUGUUCGAAAGGGUCAAAAGGGAAGUGUUUGGUAGAUCGCUGCUUCCAGGCACAAAAGACGUGCGCACGUAGAGUUAGCAAAAAACCAAGAGUUAACUAGGGAAACUUCUCUCGACCAAAUCAUCUACGCGACCACGCUGGGAGUCGAACAACUGCCCCAGGAAUCUAUUUAUGCUCCGAUUUG